AUGGCUCACAAAAGUCCUCGAUAUUGUUUAUAUCGAGAGUUUGUCGAUGCUUAUAUGAAAGGCCAUCCGGAUAUGACUCGAUGUACAUCGCAUCAUAGUGCACAGACUGAAUGGAAUGAAAUAAAGAAAGACGAAGAGUUAGUUCGAAAGAAAAUCACGGAAUAUCUUGACAUCUGGAAUAAGUCUGGUGCACCAGAGUUAACUACUGAAAAGAAGAAGGCAGCGUUCAAGGCAGAUUCUACAAAGAGAAACGCUCGUAAACGUACACACUCAUCUGAAGACGAAGAUCCAAACUAUGAUCCAGACGUUGUUGAAUCAGAAACACCAACAUUCAGCAAACGAAACUCACAACCAAUCGAAGAGAUGGACGAAGAAACUUUAGCGAAGGAGAAGCCGUGGAUCGCACGAUCGAAUGCCAAAGCCGCGAAAAAGAAAGCACAAGCGAAGGCUAAAGCCGAAAAAGAAGAAAGUGAAAAAAUUCGAACACCUGCGCAAGAAUCUGUUUUGAAAGAUCUGAAAGAAAUUUCUGAACGUAUUGCCAAUUUAAUUCAAGUGAAAAGUAUGGGUUUGUUGACAGCAGAAAAUCAGAAGACAUUGAAGAAAUUGAUCGAACAAAAGAAACAACGUACAACGGACCUGAAACGUCUUCAAUCGAAACAACGUGCAUCGACACGGUAUCGAGAACGUAAGAAACGUCGCGUCGAACAGUUGUGUGCGGCUAAUCCAGAAGUUGCUGCUGAACUUUCGAAAAUCUUUCGACCAUCGACAAUGAGAAUGCAAAUCGAAGAUGAUUGCCCGGAUCUCUUACAAAUUAUUGCCGAAAUUGCACGUGUUGGCGGAGCAUCGGAUAACAAGGGCAAAACAUGUUUAUCGUUGGAUGAUCUCAAAGAUAAAAUCAAAGAACGUGGCUAUGAAAUUCGCAAAGCAUCACUCUACUACCGUCUUAUGCCAAAUCGUUCAUUGUCUCAUGACGGAAAGAAACAUGUCGUUACCGUUCCUGUUCGACUUCGCCGAUUACAAGGAAUUCAACCCGCUGUGAAACAUGAAGAUUCUCAUUUUACUUCGGCUUCGUUACGACAUAUCAAAGAUCUAGCUGGUAUCUUCGGCAAUGACUGUGUGUUCUACUUAACGCAAGAUACUAAAGCUAAAGUCAAAAUCGGACGACCGGCAGCAAAAGGUCAAGCACCGCUUAUCAUGCAUAUGGAUUAUGAAAUAAGUUCAGUUGAAUCAUCGAUGACAUCAAUCGGCAAUAGUCGCCAUCAAUUUACGCCAUGUGUCUAUGCAGCAUCACUUAUCGAUGAGACCGGUUUAGUUGGUUACGUUGGUCCUACAUAUGUUACCAUUCGUUCGGCUAAACAUGAUCGAAUCACUCAUGAUAGCCAUUUGCUUGAUUUCGAUCGAUUAAUUCAAUUAAAGGAAUUCGAAAAAUUUGCACGUGAUCAUCUCGGCCGUGUCAAACCAAUUGUUGUCAUUAAUGUUGAUGCAAGCAACACGGAAAAUAACACACGUUAUCUCAGAACACUAGCAGCAGCAAUUGAGAAAUUCAAGAAAAACAAUUUAGAUGCGCUCUUUAUUCUCAACCAAGCACCAGGUCAAGCGUUGUUCAAUGUCGUAGAACGACGUUUAUCACCAUUAUCACAUGAUUUAGCUGGUCUUAUUCUUCCACACGAUCAUUUUGGUACACAUCUGAAUGAUUCGGGUGUAACUGAACAUGCCGAAUUAGAAAAGAACAAUUUCAAACAAACUGCAGAUGUUCUAGCGGAAGUCUGGAGCAUGAAUGUACUUGAUGAAUAUCCUGUGGUCGCGGAAUAUAUCAAUCCAUCGCCAUUAGUUGAUGAACAACUGAAAAUGGCUGAUAGUACACUAGCUCUAGAUGGUAUCAUUGAUCGAAUUUGUGCGGAAGAAGAAGAGGAAGCACCACUUGAUCAACGUGCCAGUCAAGCUCGGCCGACUCCGACAAUUUCAACAGAAGAAAUCAAGACCGAAUACGACAUUGAUGAAUAUUGGUGUGCAACUCAUGUUCUCCAAACUCAAUACACAAUUCAAAUCAUUCGUUGCAAUAAUCCAUCCUGUUGUACACCAUGGCGUUCAAACUAUAUUCAAGUAUUUCCUCAUCGUUUCCUUCCACCACCUGUACCAUUCAAUCGAUCAUCACGUGGCGUUAAAAUGGCUGAGAUUGAAUCGUCGUCUGCCGCAACUAAUCCUGUUUCACCAUUUUACGGCAAUCUUUUUCAACGUAUACAAUUUCAUGGUAUUGUUAUCAAUCGUACACACAACGAGCUUCUGCCAUUUGACGCUUGUUGUCCAUCGUUACAAACAAAAUUACCUACACGUGUUUGUUCGAUCUGCAAACAAUAUAUACCAUCAGCAUUACGUUUACGAAAUCAUUAUAAAAUUCAUCAACAACAAUAUGCAUCGAAUUUCUUGGAUUAUAACAAUAAUAAAGAAGAAGAUUGUCUUGAAGAUGAUGAUUUACAUGAUCCAUACGAAAUGUCUAUGGUACAAAUAAAACCAACACAAAAUAGUGUUUGCCUCUUCACUGAUAUGAUCGAUUGGUUAAGAUCUGAUUUUGAAGACGAUCCAGUUGUGGAUGUCAAAGCAAAAUCAACCGCAGCGACAGCAUCAGCUAUGAUCCGAAAGGAUAAACAAAUGCAAGCCGCCGCCGCCGCCGCCGCUGCUGCUGCUGUUCAAUCAACAACCAUCACAGCAACAGCGGCAACUGCUAUUCAAGAAGAACAAGGCAUGACGAUGACAACCCGAAGUAGAACUGUUACCAGAGAACAAGUGACAACAGUAACAAGUGGUGACACACAAAUAUCGACGACUACAAUGACAACUGAAACCCAAUAUCUAAAUGAAACCCAAACAGAAAACGGUAGCAUGUUAGAUGCUUUGGAACAAUUAGGUGUGGGCGAUGAUGGCACGAGUUCAAUUGGAAAUGGUCCAAGUCAACAAAGUUGGGAUGAUCUUGACGACCUUAUCGACAAGAUUUAA